AUGCGAAUUCGUCUUCUGAAUUUCCUCGCAGUCAUCUCAGGCUCCUUUUACUGCCUGGGUGCCAACUUAACUCGCAACGUUCGCGUGGCUUCACUUUGGAGUUUCGAGUUUCCGCUCCGUCGUCAUUCCCUUCGACUCGGAGCGCUCCAGUUACGAUUACCGUUUACAGCAGGAAGCUCAGCAGCUAUAGCAGCAGCAGCAGCAGCAGCAGCAGCAGCAGCAGCAGCAGCAGCAGCAGCAGCAGCAGCAGCAGCAUUAGCGGCAGGAACGGCAGCAGCAACAGCAGGCAUGGCGUCGUCGUCGUCAGUGUCGAGCAGUCGCGCGCGCAUGGACCAGAUAGUAUCGGAGUUCCUCGCCAAGAGCCUGCACAUCAUCCUCGACUCCAGGAUACCGUGCGCUGCUCAUGCACCCGCACCCGCAGCACCCGCAGGCGCAGGCGUAGGCGGAACCGCAGCCGCAAGCGCGCAGCAGCAUCUCGACUCAGCCCUCGCGCUCUCCGGUCAGUCGCCCCUUCCUUCCCCCUCUCCGCGCCACGCUGAGCUUGGCGCUGCUGCUGAUGUGGCAACAGGGGGGGGUGGGGGUGGGACUGGCAGGGUAGCCGCCGCCGCCGCCGCCAUCGCCGCUGGCGUAGCAGCAGCUCCCGCGCCGCUUUCCGUGCCGUCGAUUUCCGACCGUUGGUUCAAUCUGGAGCUGCAGCAGGGAGCGGCUGUGAUGGAGGCAGUGGAUGGGUGGCGCCGCUUCCCGGUAGAGCCGUUAGUGAUCGACGUACUACUAGACAGACCCGCCUCCCUCUCUUCCCACUCCUUUCGCGCCCCCUCCUCGUCCCAUCCUCACUCCCACUCUCACGCGCACUCGUUCGCUCCCUCUUCCGCUCCCGCGUAUGGGCCAUCCGGAGCAGGCGCGGUGGCAGCGGCCGCCGCGGGAGGCGGCGGGGGGGCCGUGAGCGGGGAGGCAGGAGCGCUGGCAGGCGCGGGAGCGGGCCCCGCGUCCCGCAGUAGGAGCCUGCGCCAGCACGCGCCUUCCCCGGAAGCGUUCAUAAGACUGUCCGCCCCAGGGGUUGCGUCGGGCCCAGGCGUCGCUGCUGCCGCUGCUGCUGACGCUGCCGCUGCGGCGUUUGCUUCUCUCGGGACCGGUUCUGGUCUAGGCUCGCCGUUCGGUGGUUCUGGCUCUGGAAUAGAAGCAGCGACGCUGGGCGAGUCUGGAACAGGGCGACGGGACUCGGCGGGUGCUCCCGGUUCUUCUGCUGGUAGCAGUGGUGGUGGUGGGGCGAGUGGUGGUGGCAGUGGGCCGCUGUUGUUGGAGCGAUGGGUGGUGCGGUACGAGAGAAGGCGAGGCGGCAGCGGUGGCGUGGAGUUUGGUGAAGGCGCUGCUGGCGUUGGUGGGGGAGCGGGAGGGGCAGGAAGCGGCGGGGGGGGCGGAGGCGCAGGCGGAGGGGUAGGCGGAGGGGGAGGCGGAGCGGUGGAUAUACCAGUGGUGUACAAGCACAUGGUCGUUAUGCUUCGCUCCCUCUACUCCCUCACUCGCACCCUGCCCGCAUACCGCCUCUACUGCUCCCUGGCUGACGCUGCUCUCUCCUCCUCUGCCGCCUCCUCCUCCUCCUCUUCCACCGCCACCGCCACCGCCGGCGGCGGCGGCGCCGGCCCUUCUUUCUCCCCCGCCCCCCCUAUCCUGAUCUCCGGCUCCGCGCUCCGCCCCACGUUCGCGCUCGCCUUCCGCAUCUCCCCCAACCCCGCGGCCGCGCUCGCGGACGCAGCUGCCGCGUCGUCCGCCGUCGGAUCAGGCGCGGGCCAGUCCGGAAUGAACUCGUGGGCGUUAAAACCGUUGGAUCUCCCCGACGGGCGCAUGUCUGUCUUCGUGGUGUAUAGACCCGGUGCCGCUGCAGCAGCGUCGGUGGUAUCGGCUGUAGAGGUAGCUCCUCCUGUGAUCACGCGGGUGAUUACAGACUACGUGGGUACGGGCGGGUCUGUAGCAGAGCCGCCGCACCACCGUCGCCCCAUCCGCCACUACCAGGCUCCCCCCGCGUCCCUCCCCCUCUCCUCCUCGCUCUCCUCCGCGUCUUCCUGGUCCCCCUUCUCCCGGCGAGCCUAUGGUCUGCUCGCGGGGCUCCCCUUGCUGGUUUCCCCCUCCCCGUCCCCCUCGUCCUCCCCCUCGUCCCUCCCGUCGUCUUCCGCCGCGCAGCUCUCGUCGCUGUCCUCCCCCUCCGCCGCCGCGGCCGCGGGGCGCGCGCUGGUGAUGUUCGCCCGCAGGCACAGCUUCGGGGGGAUGGAGGAGAGGCGCGGAUCCGCCGUUGGCAGUUCCGCCGCCGCGGCCGUGGGUGCGCGGGGCGGGGAGAGCGGCGGCGGGGGAGUGGGCGCAGGGGCAGCAGCGGGAACAGCGGGGUUUGCAGGGGGGAGCGGCAGCGGGGGGAGGGGAGUCAUGGGGGUGCCUAUUUUCUACCGGGGGAUCUCGCCCCCGUCGCUUUCGUCGUCUCCGUCGUCCCACGUGUUUGCGCGCCCCAUCACGAUCUACGAGCAGGAGCCGGAUGACAGCGGGGUGGACGGCGCAGCAGGGCAGGAGGCGGGACGAUCGUCGUCUGCUUCGCCAGCAGCACCACCACUGGACGAGCAACGGCAGCAGCUGCAGGCGCAGCAGCAGCAGCAGCAGCAGCAGCAGCAGGUGUCGCACUAUCAGCAAGCGCACCUCGAGCAGCAGCAGCACUACCAAGGCCUGUCUCACCGCCACAGACUCCCCCCGAUUGUCUCUUCCCCGUCCGCCCACCAUCCCUCCUCUCUCCCCAGCCAUCCCUCUUCCUUCGACUACCAUCACCACCACCACCUCUCUGCCUCCCCCUCCCCUCCCCUGUCCCCAUACCCCCCGCACCACCCCUCCGCGCCCUUCGCCCGCGCGCCCAGCCUCCCGUCCCUCCCGAGCGCGCCUGUGUCUAUUCCCAAGAUCAACUCCCGCGGACAGAUCAUCCCCCGUCGCCCCUCUAGCACGUUCCAUCCCAGCAGCGCCAGCAGCAGCAGCUGCGGAAGCAGCGUGGGAGGGGGCAGUGGGAUGGGGGUAGGUAGCAGGGCAGGCAGCGGGGUAGGCAGUGGGGUGAGUGCCGCUGGUGCUAGCGCUGGCGGGGGGGGUAGCAGUGGUGGGCGGAGCGGAGGAGGAGGGUGCGGGAGUGACAGUCAGGAAGCAGCAAGGGCCGGAGGCGGGGGAGUGGGAGGAGUGGGCGGAGCAGUGCUUGUGUCUGGUCUCCCAGUUCCCGCUAGAGCUGUUAGUAUGCCCCCUGUGUACACCCACACAAGCCACACAGGUGGUCAAACCUCUCACACAGCCCACACUGGUCACAUAACUCACACAACUCACACAACUCACACUGCUGAGACGACUCAUGCACAUGCUGGUAGAGCCAGCGGUGGUCUGCUGCCAUGGGCGCCCGCUCGAGGCCCCAUUCCCCUCCCCUCUCACCACACUCCGCCCCUGCUCAUCCCUUCGCCCGCCCCUCACCUCGUCCCCUCUGCACCAGUCGCCUCUACUGCCAUUACGCUUGCAGGGAGAGCUGUGGUAGGGCCAGGCGGAAUGGGUAUGGGUAUGGGUGUGGGUGUGGGCGGUGGUGGUGUUGCUGGCGAGGAGCUGUUUACCAGUCGCCAAGGCUCCUGGCGCCCUUGCUCCGCCCCUGCUGCUGCUGGCGGCGGGCUUGCUGCUGCUGCUGGAUUCCCCCCCGCGUUCCAUGCUGUGCCGGCAGCAGUGGCAGCAGCGACCCACGUCCCCAGGUUUACUUGGCAGCAACCGGCGUCCGCAGGUGCAGGAGUGGUAGCAGGAGGAGGAGUAGGAGUAGGAGGAGCAGGGGCAGCAGGCAAUGGAGGGGUGAAGCCUAGCAAUGGAACUUCGGCUCUUACAGCUGCUCUCUCUGUCGCCUCUGCUGCAGCAGCAGCCGCACCAGGUGGUGGCGCUGCUGCUGCUGCUGGUGGUGGUUAUCCCACUGGAGCAGCUGCUGCUGGGUCAUCCGCGUUGGGCGUGGGCCAGGGAUAUAUGGGCGCUGGUGGGGUGCGGAUUGGAGGGGCUGUGGGGAGAGCAGAGGCAGCAGGAGCGGGAGGGGAAGCAGCGUGGGGGGAGAAGGGGAGAGGCGGGAUGGCAAGAGGGGGCAGCAUGGAGGGGCGUGACAGUGGGCGACCGCACUCGUAUGGCAGUACCCAGCUGGGGUGGGAGCAGCAGGCAUCGAGGGCACCGGUCCCGGAAGGCAGUGGGGUAGAGGAGGAGGAGGAGGGGCACCUGCUGCUGCCCUUUGCUGUGGACGACGAUGACACUGACGAGCCCUCGCCCACUGCCGCUCUGCCCACUGCCGCCCCUGCCAGCCAUUCCCAGGAUGUCAACCGCGCAUUGCCGGGCGUUCAGAGUCGUCAGGUGGAUUCCCACAGGGCACGCGAGUCGAGUGAUUCACGCGACGCUGCAGUAGUAACCGCCGCUUCGGCCAGCGGCUGUGUUAGAGUAGCUGAAGACGCGGAAAUUGGUGAUCCAGGCCGUGCUGCUCCAGCUGUAGUUAAUCACGUGGGAGAUUCGUCCAGCAGCGUCGCCGAUGCGACGUCCGUCAGUUCCGAUCCUGCAGCCCGUUACGAUCUCGACGCCAAUUCCGUUAGAGCGCACGACAGGCCGGUCGCCGGCACAGCGAACGGUGCAGAGGUUCGCGAGGUGAACAGAGCGGAGAACUGCGAGGCUGGGAGCUUUGAAAGGAACCGCGAUGUACGCUGCGAGGUGCGGCCGGAAGGGGGUGCUGUUACCGGUAGUCUGGGCGGUGUGACGGAGUCCCCUGAGGACAAGGCGAUCGCUAGACGUCUUGUGUUCGAGGAGGAGGGAGACGAGGAGGACGAGGUGGAAGAGGAGGAAGAGGGUGGAGAGGGUGGAAGGGGAGAGGAGGAGAUUGAGGAGAAAGAGGAGGAGCAAGCGGAGCAAGGAAAGGCAUUGAUACAAGCGCAGACGCACACACAGUUCCGCGCGAACGGUACAGGAAACAUCAGAGCUGCUUCGAGAUGUACCAAGGGCGGUAACUGCGGUGCGCGUCGCAGGCGGGGAGGGGCAAUUCCAAACACUGUGUUUGACACGUCAUGUCUCGUCGAUAGCUCGCGAGGCGAAAUUUCGCCGGUCGAGGCGGAAGCGCUGCUGCGCCCGUUGCUCUCCGCUUGCGCCGCCGCCGUCGCCGAGAAAGCCUUGUUCGCCCCUGGACCCGCCGUUGCCGCCGCCACAGCCGCCGCCGCAGCAGCUGCUGAUUCUCCGCCGGGUGCCACAGUGUCCAGCGCGGAACACGGCGCGACUAGCGGCGCCAGAUCCGUCGCGGAUUUCUCGCCGCGACGGGGCAAAGCGGACGCGGUGAGCUCUGGGAGCAUGGCAGUGGCCGCACUGGAGUGCUUCCAGGAGCUGCUGAUGAGGGGCGCGAUCAGGGGGUGCAUCGGUGAUCGGAGGUGCGCGUGUGGGGGGGAAAGAGCAGAGCGGGUGGUGACAUCGGGGGAUAGUGUGGUGGUGCAUCCGACUGAUAAGGUAACUAGGAACGACGGUGGCGCUGGUGGUGAUGCAGACUUGGGGCCAGCCGCGCGCGCGUCACGUAGGGUAUUGGACGGCGAAUGUGAAGCUAGCAUGACCAGUAGCAGCCGCGAGAGCAAGCGCAAGAGCAGCAGCAGCGGAGUUCGCAGCAGCAGCGGUGCUCGCAGCAGUGGCGGCGGCGGCGUGGCAGGGCGCAUUCUAGAUGCCGUUUGCCUCUGUGCCGGUCUGCCUCCCAUCGUUCACCCUGCGUCUCCUUCCACCUCCGAACUCCCGUCACACAAUCUCACACCACGUUCAUCAGGUUUGCAUAUAUUGAACGUGCUACAAUCGACCACCGCCCCUACUGCCGACACCGCUGGUGCUGCUGCUGCCGCGACAGCAUCUGCCGUAACUUCUCUGCAGUACCAUGCAGUCCGCACCUUCCUCGCCUUCGCCUGCGCCCCUUCCCUUCGCCUCCACGCGUCCGUCCUCCUCUCCCUCUUCCACCGUCUCCUCUCCCUCAGGCUCUCACCUCUUCCGCGGCCGCACCCACUCCCACUCUCAACCCCACUCACCCUCGCUCCGACUUCCUUGCACCUGCACCCCCGCCCUCCCACUGCUCGCACGGAGGAGGAACACAGUGGUUCAGAGGCACAACACUCGGUGCACGGAACAGGAGGAGGAGGAGGAGCAGCAGCAGCAGCAGCAGCAGCAGAGGAUGCGAAGCAGAGGAGCAGGGAAGCAGCAUGGGCGGCAGCAGCAGGCAGGGCGAACGGCAGGCUGAAAGCACUCGCGAAAGCGGCUCUAGCACACAUGCUGACAUACUCUUUCCCUGGAAAGGAGGAGCAGAGUGACGCAGGGAGCAGGGAUGGGCCUUGCCGUACCUGCUGCAGCUCCGCUGCGUGUCCCCCCUCGCUUCUGUGUGCUGCCCCGCUGUGGGACAAAGGGCGAGGCGAGGAAGGGUUGGGAGAGAGCGACUGGGAGUGGGUGCAGCAGAAGCUGGUGCUUCCGCUGGGGCAGCAUGGCGGGACAGUUGGAGGGAGUGAGGGGCGAGAUUGGGAUGCUGUAGAGGCAUGUGGGAGGUUGGGCAAGGGAGGGAAAGAGGAGGCAGCAAGGGGAGGGUGCGCGGGAGUGUGCAUGGGAGACGCAGGAGAGGGUGCUGUGUGCGGGUGUGAUGGUGUGUGGAGCGGGCGUGUGGGGAACCUUGAUAGAGUGGACGCACGUUUCAUGCUCGCACAGGCAGGGGUGAGAGGAGCGGUAACUGGAGGUGUGGAAAGAGAAGUGGUGGGGAAAGGGACGGGCUUGGAGCAAACGGGAGUGAUGAAAGAGGCUCAAGAAAACACGUGUAUGUGUGUGGAGAGGCCGUGUAGUGUGGAGAGCCAGCAGGCGAGCACAGGGGACGUGCACUGUGGCAGUAGCAACAGCAACAGCAGCCAUGGGCAGGUCAAGCCUCCACUGCCACCGUCUAUCCAGGAGAGGGAGGAAGAACCACUGGCCCAGCGGCCAUUGCAGCAGCAGCAGCAGCAGCAGCAACACACGGACAAGGGCACGGACAUGGACUCAGAACUCUGUUCCUUCCCCUUGGCUGCCACUGCCAGUGGCAGUAACCCUGCCGAGUUCACCAACAGCGUCACCAACACUGACAGCAGCACGAGUGGCUGCGGUAUCAGCAGCAGCACUGUUGCUGCUGCUGCUCCUGCAGCUGCUGCCGCUGCUGCUGCUUCCACGUAUCCCGUGGCUGAGAGUGUGUGGUCCUGGGACUGUGAUGCACAGCUGCUGCUACUGACAGAGCUGUGCCAACUCGCCGUGCAUGGGCGGACAGGCCGUGGGAGGCAAGGGCACAGCGGUUUUAGGCUCAAACGUGACCAGUAUGAAGGACGGGUGUGCGAAGCGAGGGCGUGCGAAGGGAGGGUGUGCUCGCAAGUGGGCGGACAAGAGGUGGGCCGUUGUGAAGCAGAGAUGCAUGCGGAGGGGUUUAGACAGGAGGAGGAGCGUCAGGAAGAGGGGAAAAGCGAGGAGGGGAGCAAGGGGCGUGCGGAGCAGGUGUGUAAGGAGGAGGAAGGAGGGGACGAGGAGGAGCAAGGAGGGGACGAGGAGCAAGGAGGGGAAGAGGAAGUGCGGGUGGCAGCUAUGGAGUUGCUGUGCUGGGUUGUGGAGAUCGGAGCGCCUCACCUUGCUUCUCACCCCCG